AUGAUCGCUCCAUGGCUUCGACUAGGGAAAAGCCAACAUUCUUGCACCGCAUGCCAACAUUUGAAACCUCAUGAUACCUCUGACCUUCAAUCUUUUUUGGCGCUAGGCCAGGCGGUCGCCAAAACCCUUUUCUCCACAGCGCACAUCCCUCCCUUGAAACGAGAGUUGGUUUCGUCACGCUUUGCUGCUCUUCUCCUCCUCCUCCUCCAACAAGGGACCGAACUCCACGGCCAUGGGUCGAUAACACGAAUCAUGUCCUCGGCUGACGGCUCAUGUCGUCGUCGCUUUUCGCAAGGCUUAUCAUGGCAUUGA